AUGUCAAAUUAUAAUUUCUCAGCGAGAGACCGCGCCAAUUCCUCAUCUCGGUCUUACUCGUCAGACCACCCACCUCAGCGUCCACCUCCUUCUAGUAGGACCUCCGCUCUCAAUUUAAACAACUUGUUGAAUUCAGACGAUCAACCUAUGUCACACACAUCCAGCCACUUUUCACUUCCUCCAUUAGCUUCUCACGCGGCACCACCUUAUACUCAGCCGACUCUAUCGUUUUCUUCGUACACUUCACAAACGAACAACACGCAUUAUAGACAUAAUCACAACGAUUAUCCUCCUUCCACUUUGUCUACUCCUUCAACUUUAUCACAUUCUAUUCCACCAUCGAUCCUUCCGAUUCAACGCCAUUUACCAGCUUACAAUAGUCCCUCCUGGGAUUAUUCCGAGCCCCCUGCUCAUCAGUUACCAGGCACGCAGUAUAAAGUGGAUCACGCAUCUUCAGUGCCACAGCAAACAUUAUCAUUUUUUCAUAAUUCAAAUGUAAAUCAAAAUUCUCUGCAUCGUAUUCACGAAAACACUGGUGUGGUGCCUCAUGAGACCCUACGUCCUUUGCCUGUAAUGUCCAUUAAUCAACUUUUGAGCAGAGAUCCGAAUGAAGAUGCUGGAUUCCAAUUUGCAAAAUCACAAAAUGGUCCCAGUGGUGUAUUUGAUGGCGGUCAAUACGGUAGAUCAAAUUUGGCUCAUGCCCCAACGGAUAGUACGGAAGAUAAAGAUAGUGCGAUAACUGCUUCAGAUGCCAACACCGAUGCGAGUUUACAUGGAUCGGACCGAUCAGAAGGUGAAUCAACCGAAGAGGAAUUAAUUAUUCCUCCACCUCCACGUAAAAUACCUGAACCAGAGGUGGGAUUCGUUGUGAAGUUAAAGCAAAAUCAAAGUUCACAGUCGUCAAGCACUCCUUCGACUCGUGAAUCUCAGGAACCAGAUAAUCUAAAAAUCAUUUCUGCUCCACAAACUUUUCAGCUUUCUCAAAGUAAUCGUAAGUUACCUGUCACUCCUACAUCUCAGACAUCAAAAGUCUCCCCGGCCGCUCGUACAAAACGAGUUACGUCACCGAAGCAACGACCUCAACCUAAUCAGAAACCUCAAAAUAAAACGCCAAAGCCCAAAAAAUCAUCACGCAUUGACGUUACAGGAAUUGACACACAGGAACUGAGCCAUUCAUCCGAGUCUUCAGUGGCAACUUCUGUAGGUCCUAAACCAAGAUAUGGCACAAGUCAAUCGAGUGAAUUAACUGGAUCUGAAGAGAGUGAUUCUGAUGGCACUAUAGAAGAGAAAUAUAGCGAAGAACUGAUUAAUUAUAUGGUAGAAGUAUAUCAACGUCAAAAACGUGUUGUGGAUGAUUACGAGAGAAGAUGUAGGAUGAAGAAAGAAACUCUCCGCCGGAAAUUUUUAACUCGGAUUAGUAUACGCAUUCCUAGUAGAACAUCUGAUAAGGAAAAUAGUAUGGGUCCGAUCAAAGGUUUCCGUGGAUCGAGACAUAAGAACGACAAACGAAAACAUCAUUAUAUAGAACUACCAACUGAAACUGAUGAAGAUAGUGAUAUUGGUGGACAAAGGCGACCAGCUCAUGAUGCAAAGGCUCAAAAACAUAGAGAUGCAUUAGAAGUAGAGGAACGACGAAAAAUAUGGAAAGAUAUUGUCCGUAACGCUAUACCUAGGAUGAAUAAGAUUGUCAUUCAGACCACGACUUCUCGGGCUAAUAAUUGUCGCAAAGUUGCUCAAUUAUGCCAGAAGGAAGCUCGUAAAGCUGCUGGAAAAUCGUGUAAAUCUGCAAAAGAUAUCCAAAGUAGGGUUAAGCAGGCUAAUAAACAGAUGCUCAUGUUUUGGAAACGUAAUGAAAAAGAAGAACGUGAGUUACGUAAAAAGGCAGAAAGAGAGGCUUUAGAAAGAAUGCGAGUAGAAGAAGAGCUGCGCGAAGCAAAGAGACAAGCGC